AAACGCCCACGUGUCCUAAAAUGUUUAAGUGAUUAAUAUGUUUAAGUGAGUAAUAAGUUUAAGUGGUUUACUCCUCGUAAUUUUGGCUCCUAUCUCGUUUUGCAUGAUGCGUAUUCUUAUUUGUUUGCAAAGUGGUGUAAAAAAAAACAUGUUUUCUGAACCCUCUGAGCGGAUACAUGAAUAUGUGCAACGCCAAAGGAUGUGGUUGAGUGAGAUGAGGGAGGGAAACAAGUGAAGAGGAAGGACUGCGCUAAACUCUUGACGAGUUCUCUGCAGAUCACUUGCUGCGUGUUACUGACAUAGAAGAAUCCAGUUAGACUUUGGAUUAUUUACAGCCUUCUAAGCUAAAAGGGUUUCUGUGAGGAUGCGUUGACGACUAAGGCAAUAUGGAAGUAGAAGAGACCGGAGAAACGAGGACUUCCUGCACUGCAAUGUUAGAGACUCACUCCAUCCCCGGGAAGAAGAGAAAACAAGACCCUGAUCCUGUGGUGAGAAUCGUGGAGGAUGAAGAGGAAGAUGAGGAGGAUGAGAUGAUGUCCGACCAAAUGGGGGAUUCAGAGGAGCCCAGUAACAAAAGGGUCAAACCUGUGGUAAAGUCCAACAGCCUAACGGGCGUCUUGACCCCGGUGAAGACGCCCGCUCUGAAACGCAUCGGACAGUCUAUUUCGCGGUCGAUUAGCUUUCGCACGGAGGCGCGACCUUUGCCCCCGGCUCCCCUGCGCUCUCGAUCCAAGGCCUCGUCGUAUCCUCGCCGGCGCAACAGCCAGUGCUGGAGUGACACCGUGGAGAGUCAUGACCUCACUGCAAAGGAGAUCAAACGCCAGGAGGUGAUCUAUGAACUGACUCAGGGCGAGAGACAACUCAUUGAUGACCUCAGUCUGGUCAAGAAGGUUUACUAUGAGCCCAUGCUGACGCUGGACAUCAUGACAAAGAGUGAGCUUGGACAGAUCUUCGGUACACUGGACUCUCUCAUUCCCCUACAUCAAGAUCUCCUGGGUCGUCUCGACCGGCUGCGGGGAUCAGGGAAGACCAUCGGCCAGGUGGGGCCCACUCUGAUGAACUGGUUCCCUUGCCUGGAGGCCUACGUUAUCUACUGCCGUAACCAGGUGGGGGCCAAAGCCCUGCUGGACCAGAAAAAGCAGGAGAAAAAAGUCGAGCGCUUCCUUCGUUUGUGCCAGGAGUCCUCGUUCAGCAGGAAACUGGACCUGUGGAACUUCCUGGACCUCCCUCGAAGCCGUUUGGUGAAAUACCCCCUGCUGUUGAAGGAGAUCCAGAAGUGCACGCCUCCAGAGCACCCGGACGAGGACUCGUUGCCCGACGCUUUGGAGCUGGUCCAGAGCAUCGUGGCAGAGGUGAACAAGAACACAGGCGAGGCGGAGUGUCAGUUCUACAGGCAGGGCCUUGUGUAUCUGGAGGACGGUCAGAGACUACAGGAGAUCCAGCUGUCGCGCUACCUGUACUGCCACGGAGAGCUCAAGAACAACAAGGGCCAGCGGCUGCAUGUAUUCCUGUUUGAGCUGGCCUUGGUACUGACGAGGCCGGGGGAGGACAGAGAGCGGGGUCAGGUGUUCCAUGUGUACAGACAACCUCUGCCCAACGCCUUGAUAAACCUGGAAGAGAUCCCAGAUGGGGAGCCCGGUGGAGGGGGCACCUUCAGGGGAGCCUUCACUGGAGGAAAUGACAAAGUGAAAAACUUUUUCCGUGUGAGCAGCAGGGGGCGCUCCAAAUUCCACCCGUACAGCCUGCAGGCCAACGACUCCUUCAGCAGGCAGCAGUGGAUCACCUGUCUGCGCCAAGCAAUCGUCCAGUCCAGGGACAGGUCCGCUCAGACCAGCCAGUCGCAGCUCUCCCUCCACGCCGAUCCCGCCCUGUAUCACAUAGCUCAGCUCAGCCUCAACUCGGACACAGAAAUGGCCGAUCACACCUGCCGCUGACCGUGUCAGAGGGACGAGCAGGGAGGUGACCUGCACAUGGAGAUAGAACCAAAUGUAGACUGUGAAAGAUGACUGUGCUUAGACGCGUACGGGAUUCCCCUACGUGGGUUUUGAGUGUUCAUGCAUGUGCUGUUGGAAAGUUGUGAUUGUAGGGAUGUUUGUUGUACAGCUUAAACAGUAUUACUGAAUGUGGAUUUACAGUGUAUAAUGUGUUUCUUCUGUUGUUUUUUUAAAAUAAACUGAUAUA